CGGUGAUUAAGUUCUCAUGAUACACACCGGACAUUUCGCGGGAUAAUUUCCAUGCAUGUCGCAAAAGUGUAAAUAAAACAUAAAAUGGGACCCAAAGCAACCCCCGCAAAGCAAAAGAACACUCUGUUUUCAUACUUCGCCAAAGGUUCCACUCCGAAAGAAUGUGAUCGGAGUUCAGGCGAUGUGCUUGCACCCAAGAAAUCUCCAAACAAAACGAAACUGGUGUCGGAUUCAGUGUCACAGAAGGCAUAUGAAGUUGGUGAUUUGCUGUGGUGUAAACUAGAGGGGUAUCCAUGGUGGCCGAGCCUCAUCUGUAACCAUCCUACUCAGAACACUCAUUUCAAAGGUGGUAAAAAUCCACAAGUACAUGUACAGUUCUUUGACAAUCCUGUCUCUAGAGCCUGGAUCAAACUAAAGAAUUGUCAUGAAUACAAGGGAUCAGAGGAUGCACAGGUUCAGAAAGGUGGAAUGUUCCACACCAACAGUGCGCCGGUUGUUAAGGGUGCAGAGGCAGCUGAUGAAGCUAUGAAACUCUCCCGAGAAGAUCGUCUUGGACUUGUUGUAGAGCUACAGCCUUCAGAUGAAGAGGAUGAAAUGGAUCUAGAUCGUAAGUCAGAAAUAUUUGAUGAUGAAAUGAGCGAUGAAGAUAACAGCAAAGAGAACAUGGAUAUAGGGGAAGAGAAGGUGAAGAAAACACCACGCAAGUCGCCCGCUAAAGGUAGAAGGUCACAAAGAAACCGUGCCAAGAGGCGGAGAAUCAUUGUAGAGGAUGAUGAAGAUAGUGAAGCACACGACUCGGGUGAUGAAUUUAAGCCAGAUGCUGAGGAAGGGAGUGAUGACGAUGAUGAUGCUAGCAGUGGUGUUGAUGAAGAUGAUGUUUCAUCAGAUGAUGCUUCUGAACCAGAUUCUCCAAUGAAGCUACCUCAGAAGCGAAAAAGACCAGCACCAAAACCUGCAUGGGGACCAAAGUCUGCAAGAAAAUCUGCACCAAAGUCGGUUCAGAAAGCAUUGUCAGGCUUCUCUAAAGAUAACAGUCCGGAUAAAUCCCCACCAAAAGGCAGCAGUUUAAAAUCGGAAGUGGCAUCUCCAAAAGUUAGUGAUGUUACGAAAUCAAAGCUUGCCGCAUUCUCAGCAAGUGACUCUGUUGGACAGAAUGGUGACAGUGCAGAAGACAAAAUAGUUUACCAGCACUGUAAAUAUGAAUGGUUACAACCAGAUAAAAUCAAAGAUGGCAAUAAGCGUUUGAAGACAGAUGAGGGAUAUGAUCCUAGAACAUUGUAUAUACCCGAAAGUGAGAAGUCUAAAUUCACACCUGCAAUGAGGCAGUGGUGGGAGAUAAAGUCACACCAUUUUGAUACUGUGUUAUUUUUCAAGAUGGGAAAAUUUUAUGAGUUGUUUCACAUGGAUGCCACAAUAGCUGUCAAUGAACUUGGACUUAUUUACAUGAAGGGUGAUUAUGCUCAUUCAGGAUUUCCAGAGAUUGCGUAUGGACGUUACGCAGACACGUUGGUACAGCGAGGGUAUAAAGUUGCCAGAAUAGAACAAACCGAGACACCGGAUAUGAUGAAUGAGAGGUGUAAAAAUUUGAGCAAGCCGAGCAAGUUUGAUAAAGUUGUAAAACGAGAGGUGUGUAGGAUAACAACAAAGGGGACUAAAACUUUCAGCUUCCUGUCAGGAGAAUGUGCUGACUCACAGAGUACAUAUCUAAUGGCUAUUGCAGAGAAGGAGAUGGAAGCUGACAGUUGCAGUACUUAUGGUGUCUGUUUUGUUGAUACAUCGAUAGGGAAAUUUCAUAUAGGCCAGUUUCUGGAUGACAGGCAUAGUUCUAGAUUACGAACACUGCUUGCACACUACCCACCAGUCCAGAUACUUUACGAGAAAGGUCAUCUGUCUCCUCGCACGCUACAAGUGAUUAACAACAAUUUAACAUCUGUGAUGAAAGAAGCAUUGACACCAAAAACUGAAUUCUGGGAAAGUAGUAAAACGCUGCGUGUUUUAUCUGAAGAAACUUAUUUCAAGCAAGAGGAAAGUAGCGAUGUGGAGUGGCCAGAGGUUCUGAAAGCUAUGAUGGCUGAUAGUGAUGCCCUUGGUCGUACAGCAUCAGAAGAAUACAGUCUGGCUGUCAGCUCACUAGGAGCUCUCACUUGGUAUUUACAGUACUCUCUCUUAGACGAGGAAUUGCUGUCCAUGAAAACCUUUGAAAAAUAUGAGCCACUGGAUAACCUUAAAACAGCUGACAAAUCUUGCAAAACCAGUUUUGACUUUGGUACAAAACAUAUGGUUUUAGAUGGAGUAUCAUUGUCUAAUUUGGACGUGACAGAAAACAGCAGUUCAGGCACGUUAGAGGGCACUCUCCUGGAACGACUGGACCAGUGCUACACUCCAUUUGGGAAGCGUUUGUUCAGGCAGUGGUUAUGUGCUCCGCUCUGUAAUCCAGCAUCAAUCAAUGACAGACUGGAUGCUGUUGAAGAUCUGAUUGGUUGUCAGGAUGUGGUCGCUGAAGUUGUUGAAAAAAUGAAAAAAUUACCUGACCUGGAAAGAUUAUUAAGCAGGAUUCACACACUUGGUACAGCAAAGAGCAAAAAGCAUCCUGAUGGUAGAGCUAUAUUGUACGAGGAGGUCACAUACAGUAAAAGGAAGAUAGAAGACUUCUUGGCAACCUUAGAUGGUUUUAAAGUGGCUGCAAAAAUAGCACAGAAAUUCGGGAAUGCCGUGGCAAACUUCAAAGCACAACUUCUUUCAAAAACUUUGGGCAUCGAAGGAAAAAGUGAAGGUGGCUUAUUUCCAGAUCUAGCUGAUGAACUGAAGUUCUUUGAUCAUGCUUUUGAUCACAACAAGGCAAAGAAAGAUGGAGUCAUUGUACCCAGUAAAGGAGUAGAUCCAGAUUAUGAUAAAGCCACUCGAGAUAUAGAAUCAACACAGAGUAGUCUACAGCAGUAUCUCGAUAAACAAAAAACUAGGUUAGGAUGUAGGUCGAUAGUAUACUGGGGAACAGGAAAGAAUCGUUACCAGAUGGAAAUUCCAGAGAGUGCAGUACGGAAUGUGCCAAAUGAGUUUCAGCUGAUGUCAUCAAAGAAGGGAGCUAAAAGGUUCAGAACAACUGAUAUAGAAGAGAUGUUAGCGGAACUGGUUGAUGCUGAGGAAAGGAAAGACGCAGCACUGAAGGAUGUGAUGAGAAGAAUUUUUCAUAAUUUUGAUAAACGGUAUAAAAUGUGGGAUACUGCAGUGCAGUGUAUGUCCGUGUUGGAUGUGUUAUUGUCGAUGGCUCAGUACAGUCGGUGUGCUGAUGGAGUGGUUUGCAGGCCAGAGAUAGUUGUACCAGAUGAUGACCAACAGCCCUUCCUUGAGAUACGCGAUGCGAGACAUCCUUGUGUUUGCCGGACCUUUACUGGAGGCGAUUUUAUACCUAAUGAUACAGUCAUAGGAAUAAAAGAUGAAAAUGAAAAUGACGCUGAUGACGGCCAUGGGAACAGUCAGGUUGUCUUGGUAACAGGACCAAACAUGGGAGGUAAAUCUACAUUGAUGAGACAAGUUGGCUUGGUGGUUAUUAUGGCACAGAUGGGUUGUUAUGUACCAGCAGAGAAGUGUAGGUUAACACCAGUAGACAGGGUAUUUACACGGCUUGGUGCCAGUGACAGAAUCAUGGCUGGUGAGAGCACAUUCUUUGUAGAACUCAGUGAGACGUCAGCCAUACUUCAACAUGCAACACGGCAUUCUCUUGUCCUUGUAGAUGAACUUGGACGAGGUACUGCGACUUAUGAUGGUACAGCUAUAGCCUGUGCAGUAGUUCAGGAACUGUCGAGGAAUGUCACAUGUAGAACUUUGUUCUCCACACACUACCACAGUCUCGUUGAGGAAUUCUCACAUGACCCAAACAUUCGGCUCGGACAUAUGGCAUGUAUGGUUGAGAAUGAGGAUGAAGAGGACCCCACACAGGAGACGAUCACAUUUCUGUACAAGUUCACCUCAGGGGCGUGUCCUAAAAGUUAUGGUUUCAAUGCUGCCAGGCUGGCUAAUCUACCAGAAGAGGUGAUCAAAGUGGCUGUUCAAAAAGCAAAGGAGUUUGAAUCUUCAGUGGAUACUAUUAGGUGCUUCAGGAACUUGUGGAAAGACAGCACAAAAGAGAAACUCCAGGCCAUACAGACACCUGCGUGAUCGAAUAAAGGAGGGGGGAAAAGGUCCUGCGUGAAGAUUGUACCAUGACACAUAAUAGUUACCACUGCCAUUUUGUGUUGCAAGAAUGCAAACUUUAUAUACAUACUGCAUUUUAUAAAGGUUGACAUACUGAACAUUGAUGUAUGUUAAGGAACCAGGAUUGGUGCACUAAACUUAGUUUUCUUAAUAAAGGCUGCUGCGAGUACUUGUUUUAAGCAUGUAUAUUUACACAUUGAAUGUGUUUCUGGAAUGUAUAAAUGAUGGAGGUUAAAAGUAAAGUUUUUGUAGAGUUGCCAUGCACGCUAGCAGCCUUACAUAUCAUAUAAAGACAAAAUCAACUGAUUAUGUGAUUCUGGGGAGAUAUAUUGAAUUUGUCUUGUCUGUCUCUGUCCUGUCUGUCACAAGUUUGUACAAACUACUCCUGUGUAACUACUGGUUGGCUUUCAACCCAACUUAUUAGGGAUGCUCAGUAUCAUGGCUAAUUAUGCAUACUGUUAUUUUUGAAACAGUGCAUUUUGGUUUAGAUGCCGGUUUUGCUACUGCUAUCUGCUUCUAGAUUAAUAGCAUGAUACACUUUGACCCCCAAAAAGUUAAUAAAGGGAGGUAAUGUAAUUACAAAACAUUAAAAUUAUUAAUAGUAGUGAGUUCCGAGUCAAAUUGUCUUUUCAUAAAUAUUAAAAACUGCAGGAAAAUCUUAUGAGAUGAAGGAGACUUAUAUUUUUGUUUAGUUAAAUUUAAAAUUACAUUUGUGUUCAACUCAAAGAGAACUUAAUUUACUGUUGAAGGACAGUUUUCAAUGUUGUUUUGAACUAUGUAGUUAUACUGGAGCCUUCCGGUCCCAUAAAUAAUAAAUCUCCCUAGUGAGGUAUAGUGUCAUGGCUAGUUUUGUGUACUUGUCAGUAUUUUCCUGUUGAAUGAGUUAUGGUUCUCUUAAGGCUGACAGCAUACUUAACCUUUCGUCUGCUGGCAGUAAACGAUUUUUCCUUUGCGACCAAUGCAAACCAAGACCAGCCUGCACGGAUUAUGGUCUGCAUUUUCAUUGAACACCCCUUCAAACAAUAAAUGGUACUAACCAAAUUGAAUGAUAGACCGAUCAGUUUUAGAAAUUUAGCAUGGUAAAGGAUCUUGUCUCCUUUGAGGUGGCAUACUGGUAUGUUUUUACAAACAGCUGUUGUUUAAUAUUGUUGAUUAGUUGAGAUUAUGUACAAUUUCGGUAAUUUCUCUUUCUAUUUUCACAAAAUGUCAAAUGGCUGGGUAUUGCUUAUCAGUUAACCCUUACCUUGCUGAAUUUCUACAAUAAACCUAUCCAUCUUUCAAUUUUGCCAGUGCCAUUUACUGUUAAAAGGGGUGCUUACCAGAAAGAUACUGAAUGGCGAACAGUGCAGUCUGAUCAUGAUGUACACUGGUCGUAAAGGCAGACUCGAUCAUGUCCAGCAACGAAAAAGUAUGGGGAGACAUGUGCUUCUACUUGAAGCAGUCUCUAGUUCUAGUUUAAGAUGCCACUGACUUCAGGAUAUAAAUUUUUCAUUCAUUACUUUCGUAUACUGUUUUCAUGAUUUCAUUUUUUUUCUUCAUCUGUCAUACCUUAAAUGCAUUUAUCAAGUUGCUUAAGAUUUUUAAUGAUAUAUCUGUGCUUUCAGUACACAAUGUGCUAUGAAUUGUUGAUUGUUUUCUGGUAUAAAAUAAAUGAUUUAUAAACA